GACGGCCGGGCGCGCUCCGUCUGUGCGGCGGGCGCUCUCCUUCUGGGUAAGCCGUGAGAGCGCCGCGGCCGCGGGGCAGGAGGUGGGGAAGGACGGCCGUCCCCGGGGGCUUUCAAGGCACAGCAGCGACUCUGGCGAUGGCUUCAAGGAGGAAGUUGGAGUGACCGCGGCAGCUGCUUCCCCCCAACGCAGCUGUUAUCUUAACUCCCGGAGCGACCGAUAGAGGUGGGCGCGGAGCCCUUCUCCUUUGCCGGACCCGCGGCUGCAAAGCGCUCCCGGGUCACGGCGCGUCCCGGACCGACCCGCGGGUCCCUCUCUGCCUCCUUCCGCCUCUCCGGUCGCGGCACCGGGAGGCCACGCGCUGCCGCGUCAGCUCAGCCGUCGGCCCGGCCCCGUGUGCCGCCGGGGCUGCAGCGGCGCUGACCGAGCGGAGCGGAGCGGAGCGGCCCAAACCCCAAACCCCAUCCCCCCCUCUGCCGGCGCGAGGCCGAGCGGCGGCCGCUUUCGUGUACGCGCUGUUCUUUUUCCGUGCGCACUUCACACCGACACGGCGGUUUGCGAUCGACCAGAAACUCAGAGAAGCGCAACCGGCGGCAGGAUGUGAGCGCAGCGGCGCGGCCGGGGGCAGAGAGCGGCGCCGGGAGCAGCGGGAGCCGUCUUCGCUUCUCCAGCGGCCGCGCCGUGCGGCAGCGGUGUCCCGGCGGCAGCCGACGGCACUCCCGCACACGGCGGGGCGGCGCUGAGCGAAAAGGAGAACCCCGCUGCGCUGCGCCGCGCCAGCCACAGGAAGCGCCGCAGCCGCAGGUGCUCCGGCAGAGCCCGGCCUCGUCGCUUCGCACCGCUGCGGGCCCCGCGCCCAAACGCCGGGAUGCCCGGCGCCCGCCCGGCCCGGAGGAGCCCGGCGCGAUGGCGGCGGCCGUGAGCGGCAGCCGGUGGGGCCCACGGGCGGGGGCCAGGGCUGCGUGCUGACCGCGCAGCGCGGCGCGGGAUGGGGAUCCUGCCCAGCCGGGAGAAGCCGCUCAGCGCCGCACCGUUGGCCGCCAUCCCCGCGCCGUCCCCACUGCCCACACUGGCAGCCUCGGGAGGAUUCCAGGCGCUGGCGCUGUGUGAUUUCCCCUCUGGCGAAGGCGCAGCCGCUGUGCUGAGGAUGGGCGAGCAGCUCCGUGUCCUCUCUGAGGACGGGGAGUGGUGGCUCGUGGCAUCCCAGGUGUCCGGCAAGGAGUGCCUCAUCCCCAGCAGCUGCGUAGCCAAAGUGCGGCACAGGUGGCUGUAUGAGGGUGUCAGCCGGCAGAAAGCGGAGGAGCUGCUGCUGCAGCCGGGCAACCACAGUGGAGCCUUUCUGAUCCGUGAGAGUCAGACCCGGAGAGGCGGUUUCUCGCUGUCGGUGCGGCGCACUGAGCUCGCCUCAUGGGAUGCGGUCACGCAUUACCGCAUCCACCGCCUGGAGAACGGCUGGCUCUACAUCUCACCCCGCCUCACCUUCCCCAGCCUGCACGACCUCGUGGACCACUACAGCGAGUGUGGGGAGGGUCUGUGCUGCACCCUCAGGGAGCCCUGCACCACGGAGGUGGCAAAGGCAGUGCCAGCCCCGGUCCGGCCCGCCGUGGUGAAGAAGCCAACGCUCAACUGGGACAAAAUUGACAGCUCCGUCCUGCUCUCAGAGGCUGUGCCACCGCCAGGGAAGGAGAAGGAGGAGGAGGACUCCCCCAUCAGCCUGGGCCUGCGGGAAGCCAUCAGCUCCUAUCUGCUGCUGACAGACGGCACAGUCCCAGAGAUGGGACCUAUGGGGAAGGGGGCAAAGAGCAGCUGAGGGCACAGCCCCCCUGGCCACAGCCCCGGGGAUGGGCACCCAGGCCUACUCACAGUCAGGCUCAUGCUCCAUGGCCCACGGCCCCUCCAGCACACACACACCCCACCUCAGGCUGCACCAGGGCUCUCCUCCCAGCCCCAGCACUCCCCACUGUGGGCUGCUGGGCCCUGAGCAGCACCCAGAGGGCAGAGGCCGUGGCCCUGCAGUGAGGGCACAUAAGGCAGCAGCCAUGCUGGCAGUGGUGCAGCUGCUCCAUGAGCUGGGGUAGAGCCCAGGGCUGCAGGCUGAGCCCACACAGAGGCACAGCCUCACAGCUCCAGGCCCCACAGCAUAUACACGUGGAGCUCUGCACAGCACAGAGCCUGGGCCCCCCAGAGCCCCUCAGCAUGACAGGAGCAGCCCUGCCCCACCCCACAGAGACAGGUUUAAAGCUUUAAGUCAUCCAUUAAACGGGAUCUUGCAAGAACAUA